UCAUACUGUAGUUGCAUGAGUUUAAUUGUGUGGUUUGUUUAUUUUUCAAAAGUUUGAUAAAAGCUAGUAAUUAAACAUUUCAUAUGUAAUAUUACUUUAAAUUAUAAAAAUAAAUUGAAGAGACGAAAUGUGAACAUAAGAAAUAAAUUUGUACUUUCAGAGAUGAUAAGACAAUCAUUGAAAUUUCGAAAGACCGUAACCAUCAUUUGUGUUUUAUCUUUACUUAUCUUAAUAUUUCUCAUUCUUAGGCAAAAUCAAAUAAAUAGCACAGGAAGUGCCAGACAAAACCAAAGAAUAGAUAAGGAUUUCCAGGACAUAGAGUACCGAGAUUUUAAUCACAUGCCAAAGAAAAAUUACUUCAAUCAAAAUAUUUUAAAAGAGAUGGAAAGUAACAAAGUUGUUGAUAAUUCAAACCUAGAGCUGGCAGAAGCGAAAGCACGAAUAGAAAUAUUAGAGAAAAAAUUAGCUAUUUUAGAAGGAAGAAUACCACAAAAAUAUCCUGAUGUCAAAUAUCUUGGAUAUAAGGAACGAAAGAGAAUAUUGGUCACAGGUGGGGCAGGAUUUGUUGGAUCUCACCUUGUCGACAUUCUUAUGACUCAAGGACAUGAAGUCAUUGUUGUUGACAAUUUUUUCACUGGCCGCAAAAGAAAUGUUGAGCAUUGGUUCGGACACAGAAAUUUUGAGAUGAUUCAUCAUGAUAUUGUGAAUCCAUUAUAUAUUGAGGCAGAUGAAAUAUACCACUUAGCUAGUCCAGCGAGCCCACCACAUUACAUGCAAAACCCUGUAAAAACAAUUAAAACAAAUACUUUGGGAACAAUCAAUAUGCUUGGUUUGGCGAGGAGAGUGGGAGCAAAAAUUUUAAUAGCUAGCACCUCUGAAGUCUAUGGUGACCCAAUGGUUCAUCCACAACCGGAAUCAUACUGGGGCCACGUCAAUCCAAUAGGGCCACGUGCGUGCUAUGACGAAGGCAAGAGAGUGGCAGAAACACUAGCGUACUCAUACGCCAAGCAGGAGAAUGUGUCUGUACGAGUUGCCAGAAUAUUUAAUACUUAUGGACCUCGAAUGCACGUUUCGGAUGGAAGAGUCGUGUCCAAUUUCAUUAUGCAAGCUAUACAAAAUUUAACUAUUACAGUUUAUGGCAAUGGAAAACAAACGCGGUCGUUUUGUUAUGUCUCGGAUCUGGUAGAUGGCCUAUUAGGACUAAUGGCUUCCAGUUAUACCUUACCAGUUAAUAUUGGAAAUCCAGUAGAACAUACUAUAGAAGAAUUUGCUGUAAUAAUAAAGAAUCUAGUCCCCGGGUGUCGUAGUACCGUAGCAACUGGUGCUGCUGUCGAAGAUGACCCUCAGCGCCGACGUCCAGAUAUCACCAUAGCUGAAACACAUCUCAAUUGGUCUCCUAAGAUAUCUCUACAAGAUGGGUUACAGAGAACGAUUGAUUAUUUCAAAGAAGAGUUGACGAGAACAACAUUCUACAACAACCAAACGUACAUGGACGUAAAAGUAAAAAGUCGACAUUAAAAAUGAACUAUAGAAAUCCUCUAUGAAUGUGAUAUUAGCAUUACUGUAGGUUUUUUGAAAAUAGAAUCUGCAAAUCUAUACUAAAAAUCUCUUACAAAUAUAGUUCUGUAUUGAAAGUAUAUUCCAUUUAUUUCUGAAGUUAUAUUUACGAGUGAGAAUCUAAAUUAACGUAGACCUAGCACAUUUAACAAAUUAUAUUAGGUCUGCAUUAACGCACACGUCGCUAUAAUCUAUAGAGCUUUCAAUGUCUAUGGUUCCCACUUUCCAGUUACAAGGAACUGUCACAUUUGUCUGCCAUAGAAGUUGCGUUAUCUGUGUUGGACUUUUUAAAAAUAGAAUAAUGCAUUGGUGAGUAUAUUAAUUAAAUAUUUAGUACUUAGUAUGAAAUUUUCUUUGAUAAUUUCAUAAGAUUAAUAAAUAUAAAAACAGCACACGUUUUUCACUUGGAAUUUAUUCUUCAUGACAUCUUUCAUUACCAUUAAAAUAAUUUAUUUUAAUCUUUUAACUUGAAUAAAUGUUAUUUUGAAAUGUGUUUAUUAAUUAUAUUUGCAUUUUGUUUAUAUUCUUAUUUUUAUUCAAAUUAUUAUGUUUGACAAAUGUUUUUGUGUUCAAAUUUCUAAAUAAAAAAACUUGCUGUUA